AUGGCGGCGCCAUCUGAAGAGUUCUCGGUCAACGCCAACGAAGCUGUACAUGUCUCGGUCGUUCAGCCUGGACCCGAUGGUCAAUUGACUACCCGCCAUGACUUCCACCCUAAGUUCACAUACCCGAUCGUAGGCGAGGCAGAACAAAUCUUCGGGUACAGAGGACUGGAUGUGGGAAUCCAGUUCGCGGCUCAUGAUCUCCGCCCACACAUCAAGAUAUCUUACAACAAAAAAUUCGGUACAGUUGGCACUACAAGCGCUCUGGAUCUAAACAAAACCUUCGGCAACUUUCUCCCACCCGUCGCAUUUGAAUCAGGCUUUGAGAAAGCGGUACAGAAUGAUGAGAAGGCGUCAGAAUGGAUCCCUCCCGGAACCUGUGUGAAGAAAUACACAAGAGGUGGGCGAAAUUUUGAAGUCUGGGCAGGAUCUCUACUCGACCUCCCCAUGCGUACACUAGUGGACAAUAUUCAGAUCUUGAUAGUGUUCUUUAUUGAAGGAGGACAAUUUAUCAACCUCGAGGAUGUAGACUGGACACUGGAUCGCUGGAGGGUGUAUCUCACCUACGAGAAGCAGUCCGUGUCUACAACUCCAACGGCAUCUCCAUACUCAUUCGUUGGCUAUGCAACGACCUAUCGCUUUUACAGGUUUCAGAAACCCAAAGACCGCAGCUCAACUUUCACCUUUCCUUCGACGGAGACAAUUACUCCAAACAAACUGUCGUCGCGACUUCGGAUAUCACAAUUCUUGAUCACACCUCCUUACCAGAGCACUGGUCACGGAUCGGCUUUGUACCAAGCAAUCUAUGAAGAGGUUAUGGCCGACCCGACGGUACUGGAAAUGACGGUGGAAGAUCCCAGCGAAGAGUUUGACAAACUGCGAGAUAUGAAUGAUUUCGAUGUGCUCGAACCACAAUUUCAAGCUGCAGAUAUCAAGAUCAACUCGUCCCCAUUUGCGUCCUUCGAACGCGGCAGAAUAAAGUCCAUUCCUACAGCAACGUUACUCCCUCUGGAAACCUUGCAAGCAAUCCGAGCAAAGAACAAGAUCGCUAGCCGGCAAUUCGCGCGUAUGGUUGAAAUGUUCCUGUUAGCCCAGAUUCCCUAUUCAAAUCGAGCCAUUGGAGGUGCAUCCUUGACCAGCUUGAAGGUUAAAGGCGCUCGAGCUCAAAACCCAGCCGAUCGAAGUUAUUACUGGUGGCGGCUCCUCCUAAAGCAACGGAUCAUGAAGAAGAACAAAGAUCUGCUCAUGCAAAUCCCUCUUGAGGAACGCAUCCCUCAGAUUGAAGAUAGUGCUCGAGGACAGGAGGAUGAGUACGAGGGCUUGAUUCUCGCAUACGCACUUCGCAGAGACAAGCAACUGAACCAAAGUAACAACGCCGACGGAGAAGGCUCGGCAGUACCGCGCAAAAGGAAGAUGGUGGUUUCUGACGAGGAGGAUGAAGAUGACGACGUCGCCACCACGUCUAAGAAAGCCAAAGCUUGA